UCAAUGACUCUAGAUGUACUGUACUGGAGGCCAACCUGGUACACAUUUGGAGAAUUUGAGAAAUUUUUGGCAGAAAGAGUCGUGAAUAUGGUUCGCCUUUCUGAACUUCUGUGUGAAGGCAGGUGUGUCUUCUUGAUUAUUAUCAGCUGUACACGUUGUAACCGAUCCCUUGUUAAUCAGGAGCCAAAGUAUUUUGCCUGCAGCCAAACAACAGUGUGAAAGCAUGUGAUUGACUGUUAUGCCAGACACACUCACGUGCCCCUAUGUGUCACGGACAGAUGGUGAGUUCUGUGAUUGGCUGAGGAGAAGGCAGGGCUCACCGCUGCCCACCUUCCUUUUUUUAGCUCAGACACAUCCUCCUGUUGGGAGUGAAUGUGAUUGUGUAAUAAAACCACCCCCUGUCUUUAUUCCCCUUGUGACUGUGAUGGAAAAAAUGUUCACCUUGCACAGCUUACAAGGACGUUUUUUUUUUUUCUUUUCCACUGGCAUUUUUUCAUCAACAUGUUUUGGCUUCCCUACUUAAUGUAAUAUUUUCUGUAACACACAGAAGCUCUGGUCAUGUCAUAUUAACCUUUAUUAAACCUUUAGUGACGAGGAUCAGUGCAGCCCAACAGGGUCCCAAGGCGUUGAAUGUGUGGACACUGGUGUGACGCAUGUGUCACUGUGCUAUUUGAGACCAAAACAUCUAAAGGGUUUGUACACAGGCAUGAGCAGCGUCACUCUAUGAACACUCUUUAAAGACGUCGGUCCCUGCGCUCUUUGUGAAAGGACAGAAACUGGUGCAGGACUCUGGAGGAAGUGCUGCAGUUGUUUGUUUUUUAUUUUACACAAAAAGCUGAAUGCUCAUCAGCGACAGAACAUCCGCUUUGAUUUGUCUUUUAACUGUCAGACAUAUAAGCCACUGAAGAACCCUGUUUGAGAACAGCCAGGAUGAUUCUGGCCACACUCAGAAACGUUGGGAAGCAGCUUUUGCGAGUGAAGGUGGUGGACUGUAACACAGAUGCGUCUCGCUUGUGUCGAUGCCUCAACACCUUUGACCUGGUGGCCCUCGGCGUGGGCAGCACGCUGGGAGCUGGUGUCUACGUACUGGCCGGAGCUGUCGCCAGAACCAAUGCUGGACCAGCCAUCAUCCUCUCCUUUUUCAUUGCCGCUCUGGCAUCUGUCCUGGCUGGACUAUGCUAUGCCGAGUUCGGAGCCCGCGUCCCAAAAACGGGCUCGGCCUACCUGUACAGCUACGUGACAGUGGGAGAACUGUGGGCCUUCAUCACCGGCUGGAACCUCAUCCUCUCUUAUAUCAUAGGAACUUCAAGUGUGGCCAGAGCCUGGAGUGCCACCUUUGAUGAGCUGAUAAAAGGGCAAAUUGAGAAAUUCUGUAGGCAAUACAUGACUAUCAACGCUCCUGGCGUCCUGGCAGAAUAUCCAGAUAUAUUUGCUGUCUUGAUUAUACUUAUUCUCACAGGACUUCUUGUGUUUGGAGUGAAGGAGUCGGCUUUGGUGAACAAAAUAUUCACCUGCAUCAACGUGCUGGUGCUGUUGUUUGUGAUCAUCUCUGGCAUGGUCAAAGGAAACCUAGAAAACUGGAGAUUAGAUCCUGACAAAGUUCUCAACUCCACAAAUGGCUCAAACUACAAUGAGACGUACCCUCUACCUACGAAGGAAGCCCUGGGGGAAGGUGGUUUCAUGCCUUUCGGUUUCUCUGGAGUUCUGUCUGGAGCAGCCACCUGUUUUUAUGCCUUUAUAGGCUUUGAUUGCAUUGCCACUACAGGUGAAGAGGUGAAGAAUCCGCAGAGGGCCAUUCCCAUUGGAAUAGUUGCGUCCCUCCUUAUUUGUUUUGUGGCGUACUUCAGUGUGUCUGCAGCACUCACUGUGAUGAUGCCGUACUACAUACUGGACAAAAACAGCCCCUUGCCUGUGGCUUUCAAGUACGUGGGCUGGGGAGGAGCCAAUUAUGCAGUGGCCCUGGGGUCUUUAUGUGCCUUGUCGACCAGUUUACUGGGUUCCAUGUUCCCAAUGCCCCGUGUGAUCUGGGCUAUGGCAGAAGACGGGCUGCUCUUCAAAUGUUUAGCUAAAACCAGCGAACGAACCAAAACUCCCCUUACAGCUACAAUAGUAUCAGGGAUCGUGGCAGCUGUGAUGGCUUUCCUGUUUGACCUGAAGGAUCUGGUUGACCUCAUGUCCAUUGGCACCCUGCUGGCCUAUACUCUGGUUGCUGCCUGUGUGCUGGUUCUCAGGUACCAGCCUGAGCAGCCCAGUCUGGCCUAUCAGAUGGCCAACACUCGGGAUGAGAUUGAGAACGCUGAGUGCUUUAACGAGGUGAAUGUCGACAUGUUGCCGCAGCCCGAUGACAGCUUCACCAUCAGGAACCUCCUUUUCCCUUCAAACACAGAGCCCACCCCUCUGUCGGGACUUGUUGUCAACAUAUGCACCAGUUUAAUUGGUACCUUGGUCUUGGUCUUUAGUGUUGUGACGGUUCAUGGAGGAUUGGCUUCCUGGUCAGUCACUGUCCUGACCCUCCUCGCUGCCAUAUGUCUGCUCCUCUGCUUUAUUGUGUUCAGGCAGCCACAAAGCAAGGCCAAGCUGGCCUUUAAGGUUCCACUCCUGCCCCUUCUCCCUGUCAUAAGUAUGUUUACUAACGUGUACCUGAUGAUGCAGCUCGACAAAGGUACCUGGCUGCGUUUUGGCAUCUGGAUGAUUUUAGGUUUCAUUAUCUACUUCGGCUAUGGCAUCAGGAACAGUGUGGAGGCAGCGUUGAACAAGUCUGACACCUUUACACCAAUGUACACCGUCGUGGGGGGGCCCAUGGCCCCAGAAAAGGAAGCAUUUCUGCACAACACGCCAACUCCCACCGGAGAUGACGAGGAGGAUUCUUGACAAGACAGGAGGUUCACCUUCAUCUGCUCUCACUGCCAUUCUUUAUAUAUUUUAAUCUGAUGUAUAUUGAUUUUAUUGAUUAUAUUGACCAUGGUGGGUGUUUUUAUUUCUGAAAACAUGUUGCCCAAGUCUGCUGUUGUGUUACUGAACUAAGGACAGCAUACGGAGUUAAGAUUUAAGUGAAGAAAGUAUAUGUAAAAAGAAUUUAUUACAAUUUUAACAAGUUACAUUCAUCGUUUAACUGAACAAGCAACCCCUGGGACAUAGUGUUAAUUGGUGAAUUUAUUGGUGACCCCUCAAUACAAGCAAUGCGCCUUUUAUUUUUUUUAUUAAUAUGUUUUUUACAUCUUUGUGACACCCUAAGAAUCAAGACUUUAAAGGAGAAACCGCAUCAGUGAUUUUUGUAAUAAAAGUCACUGCUAUAUUUCUUUUUGUAGAACGGUUCAUUUUGGUGUGCACAGUUUUAAAUUAUUAAAGCAUUCAUCUAAACUAUCUUAGUGCUUUUAGCAAGUUUUAAAUUUCAUGAAUCAGUUUUUACUGUUUUCAUCAUACCAGGCUCUGCUGUGAGAGAGUGAUCCACCAGCUAUCUGUUCCUGAAGAUUUCAUGUUGAUUAGAGAUUUUGUUCUGCUUUAGUUGUUAUGCUGACAGACCAUUAUUGAUUAGCUUCACAAUGUUAUGCACUGAUGUAACGCUUCAAGAGUGCGUCAGACAGAAACGGUAUGUCUGUCUUGGUCUAAAUGUCUGUAUCGGAUAUUGAAAAAAUUCUUAAAUUCACUUUGUACAACUUGUCAUAAACAGGGACACUAUCACCUCAGCAUCGUGAUGCUGGAGGAGAAAAAGUAUCAGAUUGAUAUCGGUAUCGGUAGAUGCAGUAUCUGUAUUGAACAUGAAAAAGUUGUAUCAAGCUGUUAGUGUUC